CCACAGUCUCUUCCGAUUUUCACAUCCUUGCAUUUUACUACUUGUUGAACCACGGAACGAGUGAGCUGACUGAAUAUAGCAUGGUGGCGAUGCUGGAUGACCAGCAGAUAGCAUACUUUGACAGCACACUGCAAAGGGCUGUUUCCAGACAAUGGUGGAUGGCUUACUCUUUCCCAAGGGAACACUGGGAUGCAAUGGCCAUCACAGUGGCAGGUUUUCAUGGGAUAAUCAGAGGGAAUGUUGAGGUUGUUCACCAACAGCACAGUGCCCCAGCUGAUGUCUUUGUCCAGGGGAUUUGCGGCUGUGAAUUGAAGAAUGAUAACUCCACAGAUGGGUUCAUAAGACUGCGCUACAAUGGUGAGGAUGCAUGUGUUUUUGACAAGGAAAGAAUGAGUUGGAUUGUGCUAAAUCCAGAGUUCCAAGUGCUUGCAGAUCGGUGGAACAUCAACAUGAUCAUGAACAAAUACUUCAAAGCUCUCUUGGAGAAGGACUGUGUGAAGUGGCUGCUGGUAUAUCUUGAGUGUGGUCAAGAAGCGCUACAGCAGAGAGCAAUCCCUGAAGUGUUUAUCAGUAUUAGGACUGACGGAUUUCAACUGCUGAGACUCUCCUGCCUUGUCACAGGGUUCUACCCACAGGCUAUCGAUGUUUCAUGGCUGAGAGAUGGUGAGUGGGUCCCCGAGAUUGAAUCCAGUGAUGUAUUACCCAACCAUGAUGGGACUUAUCAGCUGAUGAAAAUGAUUACAUUGAAUGAAGAUGAAGAGACAAUAUACUCCUGUUACAUCGAGCAUACCACCCUCCUGCAAGGACUCAAUAUACCCCAGGAGAGGACACCAAAGAAAGAUACAAAGACAGUGAUCGUGGCUGGAGUUGCAAUCAUUCCACUUAUUCUCCUGGGGAUCAUCAUUGGAAUUGGCUUCUGGAGGAAGAAGAAUUACAGCAAACCUCUUAGUACCCAGCAAGGACCUGCUGAAAUCAGCCAUGAUUAACAAAGUACUAUUGUGAAUAGGAGGGACUUGGAGACCUUCUUGCUCCAGUGUCAAGUUCAAUGAAUGUUUCAAAGGUUGUGAAAUUUAGAUUUUUGGAUCAUAGUUUAAUCAAGGAUUUGGGAAAUGAUGCAGAAAAAUGCUCAAUAUCAUACUGGACACAAUGUCACUGAAUGAUGGAAGAUGCUGAAAGGGGCUCUCAAAUGAUUCCAGCUCUUAGUUCACUUGUCCAUUUGCCAGAACUUUCCACAACAUAACCUGGAUUACUUCAUCAGGUACGUGAUGGUGCAGUGGAGAAUUAAUUUUAUACUGCCUUUAACUCCUCACCAUACUUCAGAGAAAAUUCUGGGCUAGCCUUAAGGGCUAUCUUUGUUUUAAUCCUGGACCAUGCCAUGCGUGCUUUCAUUGAACAACGUAAUGUGUGCCGGGCCUAGUUUUGGAAUGCUGUCUGAAGGUCAGACUGGGAGCAAAACUCAGUAUCUAACGGUGCGGUGUUGCAAUGACUGUGAGCAUGUUUUACGUGUG